AUUGGCUUUGAUCUCGCACCGUGCGCACACAACCCCAGUCCAGCUCUGCGGCAAUCGCUGGCCACCAGAAUCCCUGAGCGCUGCAUCUCUCUACCCUUGGUGCUGCCCUGAGACUGAUCGCUCAACAAUGACUUUUGGUGCUUCCGAUGCCAGGGAGGUCGUGCGAUCCGUCGUCGCCAACCUGCCGACACUCACAACGGACUUGGCCGAUCCAACCCGCUACGAGAAGCUUCUGUCCUUCCUGGAGGGUUUUCUUCGCGGCGAUCCGGACUCGCUCCAGUUUAUGAUCGAUAUCGGUGUGCUUCCGGCCCUUACGACAUGCAUCGACAGCGACAAUCCUAGGAUCGUAUCACUGGCGCUUCGGCUCUUUGGGCAUCUGAUCGCCAGCGACAAGGACAGCGGAGCUGGAGUCUUCAAAACUACUCAAAACAGGUUUUCUGGCAUCCUUGAGGCAUAUAUAACGAUCGGAACAGAUGAAGCAGCUUCGCUCUCUGCAAAAUACGGCUGCCUGGUUGGCCUGGGACUCUGCUUGAAGUCAGAACCAGGCGCCCAGUGGAUACAUGAGACCGGCAGAUUGCUCGACAUUGUGCUUCCUGCAUUUGGGAGCCCAAGCACAUUUGUUGCCGAGGCGAGCUGCGAGUGUAUCGCAGUGAUCCUCGGCUCGCCGCAGAUCCGCCCAGGCCGCAAUGAUCCCGGCGUCUACCAGCUGUUGACGACGACGCUGCUCGUAUCGGGGCGGCUCGGGAUGGUGCUGAAGGAGCUACUAUCGAGCAGGAGCUCGAUCGACGCAAAACUCGCCGGCACAGAGCUGCUAUGGCGCCUGUCUCGAGUCGAAACGCAGAGCUCGCUCGGUUUUUUCAUCGACGAAGAGCUGGUGCCGGCUCUUCUGGCGAUGUUGCCAGACUCGGACCGAAUCAUCCGUCAGCGCGUGCUGGACAUCUUGGGCAGUCUGUUUGCAUGGACAAGCGAUCCUGCGGCUCUAUUGUUCGGCUUCAACAGCACCAACUACUCCCAGGACGAUGAUGGCCUUGGCGAAGCGCUGUUGCGUGAACAUAUCGUGCCCAUGAUGAAGCAGGUCACCAAGCCCACACAUGCAGAUGUGUCGUUCAUACUGGGGUUUCUGGAGGUCCUCUCAUUACUCGACUCAUCAAGAACGGACGACGCUAUCCAUACCACUCGCAAAUGGCGCUCAAGCACGGAUUUACGCAUAUCAGCGCUACUGGCCACGCUCUGUUUUGAAGCGCUGAGUGAGCCGGCACGGCGACACCAAGAAUGUGCGAACUGGUGCGCAGAGCACCUCAAGACGCCUCAGUCGAAGUGGACAGCUGCUACGGAGCUGCUCAGGACAUGGAUUAAGGCACUCUCAGGCACUCUCCAGCAUCGGCGGCGCAUGCUGUCUCUUGUGAUCGAUGCUAUGGUCAGGAUCGUAAAUGUGCGUCCUGAGAGCCAGUCUAUUCUCUGCCACCUGUUUUGUGCGCUGUUGGCCGAGACUGACUACCGGGACCACAAGAAGAUCGUGGAUGGAGCCUUGGCGUUGUUACUUCGCUGCUUGUCCCUGUCUCCGAGCCGUGCUGAGGCAAGCGAGAUAAGUCCCAUCAUCGACGUGAUGUUGGAUGAUGCACCGCUGGAUUCCAAGACUCUCCAGAAGCUCCUGGUGAUUGUUUCGCUCCUUGCCGAGUCUGAACAAAUCGAUCAGAAGGCAACGCAUAUGAUUGUAGGCAAAGUCGUUGCGAAGCGGUACAGCGCAUCGUGGGAUAUCCGCGACACGUUUGUCGAGUUUGUGGGCCUGAUGUUCAGCCAAGACGACCAAGUGAAAAGCAAUGCCGCAGUGACCUUGGCUAUCCGGCACGAGUUUCCGCGGAUCGCUUUGUCGAUGGUUCGGGACCAAGAGCCCUUCGUUCGAAGCACAGCCAUGCUUUCGCUGCAGAGAAUCAUCCAGCAUCCUCGCGGAUGCCUGUUCCUCCAGACACACGACCUGGGAACCACGUUGUCUGAUGGCCUUGCCGAGAUCCUCCUGGGAGAAAGCGAGGCCUUUGUCCGCCGCUCCGCGCUCGAGCUCCUCGGGAUCAUGAUCACAGUCGGCCCAUGUCGGCAGUGGGUGCAGCGCUCGGAUAGAUGGUGAGUGCCGCUCAGCGAGAGGAACAUCUGUCUGCAGCAUGCCCGAAUUGACAAGGCUGGUGCUAUGUGUGCAUGUAGUGCGUCUGGGGUCGUGCGAUCCUCUCAGGACCUUGACUCGGAGAUUCGGCGCCGGGUCAUCCAGCUUCACUCGCUCUGCGUGCAAGCGCUUCUGAGUGCCCCUGACGACGAGAACGGUCUCGCAGCCUUGUUUCAGGCCAG